AUGGGCCCGCAGCGAGGGGCUGUGAAGGUGAUGGUGGUGGGGCUGCUCCGGAACCGCCCUUUCCAUGUGGCCAAAUGUGCAGCAGAGGCUCUGAAGCUGAAGUUUCCAAGCAAGUUUGCAGACCCUGUAAUACAGCCUUUAGUAGAAUUUGCAUGGCAUGAAUAUUUGGAGGAGAAAAAGAAGGAACUGAGAGGUGAGGUGUGGGCAUACAGCUCCUCAGUGAUGUGCUUCCUUGAUGGCCAGCUGCUGGGGGAUGAGAAGAAGAUGCUCAAGUGGGCUCACCAUGAGUGGGGCUAUCGUGACUUCAAGCCCAAGGCACUUUACCGAGCGAUCGCUGAGGAUUUCUACACCAAAUAUCUGAAAAGCAGCCAGCACGUGUUUGUGUACCUUGACAUAGCCAUUGAGGAACAGCCCGUCGGCAGGUUGCUCUUUGAGCUCUUUUCAAACAUGUGUCCCAGGACCUGUGAGAAUUUCCGUGCUCUGUGCUGCGGAGAAGCAAAGUCCCUCAUUGAUGGCCGAGAGCUCACCUACAAAGACUCUCUUUUUCAUCGUAUUGUGAAAAAUGGGUGGAUCCAAGGAGGAGACAUCGUAAGUGGAAAGGGAGACCAAGGAGAGUCAAUUUAUGGCCUCACCUUUGAAGACGAAAACUUCUCCAUCCAUCACAAGGGAAGAGGGGUCCUUGGGAUGGCCAACAAGGGCCGCCACAGCAAUGCCUCGCAGUUCUACAUCACCCUCCAGCCAUCUCCCUACCUGGACAAAAAAUAUGUGGCUUUUGGGCAACUGAUUGAGGGCACAGACGUCCUCCAGAGACUGGAAGCCGUACCUACCGAUAACGAAAGGCCUACAGUACCCUGCAAGAUUAUUAACUGUGGGACCUUCGAGCCAUGA